CAUCUGUGGCAGAGGAGAGGGAAAGGUUUUUUAGAAGAAGCCUUUGAUAGACUGUUUGCUUUGGCUGGGUUCCCUUCUUUUAUUUACUGAAUUCCAGAGCUGACCAAUACACAGACGUGAAAAUGAAGUUCAUCAUCGGCAUUGGAGGAGUGACCAACGGUGGCAAGACCACUUUAACAAAUAGACUACUAAAGACAUUACCCAACUGUUGUGUGGUGCACCAGGAUGACUUUUUCAAGAAACCCGAUCAAAUAGAAGUCGGGGAGGACGGCUUUAGACAGUGGGAUGUGAUCACCGCCCUGGACAUGGAGGCUAUGGUGAGCACUGUGAAAGGCUGGCAGGAGAACCCGGUCAAGUUCGCCCGCUCGCACGGCGUCAGCCUGUCACCCGAGGCCGAGGAAGCCGGCUCGGAGGAGACGGGGAUUCAUAUUCUCAUCGUCGAGGGCUUCCUCAUCUACAAUUACAAGCCUCUUAUUGACGUCUAUGACAAAUGUUUCUACCUUUCCAUUCCUUAUGAGGAGUGCAAAAGGAGGAGAAGAACAAGGACAUACACAGUCCCUGACCCCCCAGGCCUGUUCGACGGCCACGUCUGGCCCAUGUACUUGAAACACAGGAAGGAGAUGGAGAACAACUGUGACAGGCUAGAGUACCUUGACGGGAUGACAUCAAAGGACGAUAUCUACAACAAAGUGUAUGAAAGCAUUCAGAACUCCCUGCUGAACACUUUAUAGCAUCACAGGAUCUCAGUGGAUUUGUGUAUAGACUUGUAAAUAUCGUUGUGCUUCAAUGUGUAACACCAGUUCUGUACUUCUAGCCUGAUUUGUAAAUAGUUAAUCCUGUAACUUAUUAAGACCUGACGGCAGAAGUGUUGUGUUUUGUAUAAUCCCGUGUAACUUUUUUUUCUAAAAGACAAGCCAACCUCUGGACUGCCCAGUGUUUAACAUCAGGAACGGAUCGCAGCUCUGAUCUUGUUGUAUGUGAAAGUAUAAAAUGCUGACCGGAAGGAUGGAUUUGUGUUCGGCAACUUAAUGAAACAACUGAAUCCUUUGAACUUUGUGUCUCCUGUCUCAUUUCACACACGCCCACGCGGUUCCCAUAAAGAUCUACUUCGGAAUCACGUUUUACAACGCAAACAUUUAUGGACGCUGAGGAUGACUGAUAACAUCUGGCGGCUCCUGAAUGAGACUCCCUGUCACCCAGAUUAGAUUUAGAGCCUCAAUAAAAGGGGCUUUGGAACUGGAUCAGAGUUUUCCUCUGAAAGACAAUAGAUGAGCUAUUGCAGUUUACAGGGAGGGAAAAGAAAGGACAAAUAAGGCUCCA